AUGGUCAGCUUUUGCUGUCCGAAGUAUGCCGCCAUCUUCGUUUUCCUGGCUGUGUUUGUCUUCUUCUUUGUGCUUUUUAACACGGACGUCCUGGAGUUUCAGCAUAAAGGAAGCCCCACCGUUCCUUUCCCAAGACGUCACUUCACUCACCGCUUCUGCAGCUUUGAGCCGCUGUCCCCUGAGGAUGCUCUGGAGGAACGCCUCCUAUUAGACUCCAUUGCUUGGCCCGAAACUCCAUCCUUGCCAGCUCCUCUUUCCCUGGAGCAGACCACUGACCCUGCCCACAGCAGGUUCACUGUUCUCCCAGAGAGGGGUGGACAACAGUGGCACGUAGGGGAUCAGCUGGAGGUUAUGAUCAAAAUGUACGACUUCCGGGGACGUCCCAAGAAGUCUGGGGGUGACGUCUUACUUGCCAGUCUGCACAACCGAGCACUUGGUGCAGGUGUGGCUGGGAAAGUGUUGGAUCAUCUCAAUGGCUCCUACUCGGCUGUAUUUUCUUUACUCUGGGAGGGAAGCGCACAGGUUGCGGUGACACUGGUUCACCCCAGCGAGGCUGUCACAGUGCUGAAGAGGCUAAACAGAGAACAGCCAGAUAGGAUUCGUUUCCAGAGUGUCUUCCGCUCAGGCUCAGUCUCUGAAACUACCACCUGUAAUGUCUGCCUGCGUCCGACAGCGCAGCCACAGUGUAACUUCACUGACCUCACUACAGGUGAGCCCUGGUUUUGCUACAAGCCAAAGAACCUGAGCUGUGAUACCAGGACCACCAGCUACAUGAAAGGGUUUAAAGGGAAACUCGAGGCUAAUGAGGAUAAGCUCUUUAAAAGUGAUAUUAACAUGAAAGUCUCAAUUCGAGCUUCAGGGUCUUCCAAUGUCACCGUGUUGCCAAAAAAUGAAGAUCAACCGGAGGUGAAGAGCAAUAUUGUGCAGUCUGGACCUGUUGGCUAUUACUACAAGGAUGUGUGGCAGUCAGUAAGUGGCCCCACAGUCCGCCAGUUCAACAGUCCUUCUGUUAUCAACCAAUGUCUGAAAGGCAAGGUGGUCCACCUGUAUGGAGACUCUACCGUCAGGCAGUGGUUUUUUUAUCUCAACCAAGCACUACCAGAUCUCAAGCAGUUUAACCUGCACAGUUCAGUCAGAGUCGGACCUUUCAUGGCCUUAAACUAUGCAGACAACAUUUUGGUGACGUACAGAUUCCAUGGUCCUCCUGUCUGCAUGUCUGACAGCGUCCCAGCUAUCGAACUGCACUACAUUGCCAAUGAAAUAGACCGUUUAGUCGGCGGAGCUAACACCGUUGUAGUUUUUGGCAUCUGGGCACACCUCAGCAGUUUCCCCACCGAGCUCUACAUCCGACGGCUGCAGAACAUCCGCAGGGCAGUGGUGCGGCUGCUGGACAGGGCUCCAGACACUCUGGUUAUAAUUCGGACUGCAAACCCCAGAGCUUUGACGCCCUUUAUUGUACUGACCUACAGCGACUGGUAUUCGAUGCAGCAUGACAAGGUGCUCAGGGCCAUGUUCAAAGGGCUGAAUGUUCACCUGGUAGAUGCCUGGGAGAUGGUCUUGGCCCACAGCCUGCCUAAUAACCUCCAUCCACAACCUCCCAUUAUUAAGAAUAUGAUCAAUGUCAUCUUGUCCUACAUAUGCCCUCAAAAGAGCACCGUCCUGUACGAGCUGCUGUAUGAAGACGUCUUUAAAGUGGACCGGAGCUUGCUUGGUACGUGUCAGCGGUCCAGCCGAGCCAACGACCUCCUGAGCGACGACAACAUGGCCGCCUGCCUCAGCAGCGACGAGUCCGACCUCGACGGCAACGAGCUGCUCUGUGGUAUUAACAUGAAAGUCUCAAUUCGAGCUUCAGGAUCUUCCAGUGUCACUGUGUUGCCAAAAAAUAAAGGAUGUGUGACAGUCCGCCAGUUCAACACUCCUUCUGUUAUCAACCAAUGUCUGAAAGGCAAGGUGGUCCACCUGUAUGGAGACUCUACCGUCAGGCAGUGGUUUCAAUAUCUCAACCAAGCACUACCAGAUCUCAAGCAGUUUAACCUGCACAGUUCAGUCAGAGUCGGACCUUUCAUGGCCUUAAACUAUGCAGACAACAUUUUGGUGACGUUCCAAUUCCAUGGUCCUCCUCUCCGUUCUUCCAGCGUCCCAGCUAUCGAACUGCACUACAUUGCCAAUGAAGUAGAACGUUUAGUCGGCGGCGCUAACACCGUUGUAGUUUUUGGCGUCUGGGCACACUUUGGCACUUUCCCCACCGAGCUCUACAUCCGACGGCUGCAGAACAUCCGCAGGGCAGUGGUGCGGCUGCUGGACAGGGCUCCAGACACUCUGGUUAUAAUCCGGACUGGAAACCCCAAAGCUGUGACGCCUGCUGUUGCACUGUCCAACAGCGACUGGUAUUCGCUGCAGUGUGACAAGGUGCUCAGGGCCAUGUUCAAAGGGCUGAAUGUUCACCUGGUAGAUGCCUGGGAGAUGGUCUUGGCCCACCGCCUGCCACAUAACCUCCAUCCACAACCUCCCAUUAUUAAGAAUAUGAUCAACGUCAUCUUGUCCCACAUAUGCCCUCAAAAGAGCAGUUAG